GACACGUUUUCUGUUUAUGUGAGGUAAAGAUGGCAGAGAGCAGCCACAUAGCUGCGAAGCGAUGCGAUUCUGCAUGUGUAUCUGCCGUUAGCAUGGAGGCUAUCUCAGCUCUGACGGAGCUGGAUGAUCUGGAGCGUGUCUACCAGCAGCUCUGCACCGAGGAGGUGAGAAUUCACCCAGCGGGAAAGCUGUAGGGAUGCAAAGAUGUACCCCUAGGCUGUGUUAGCAUAGCUAGCUAAACCAGAAGCAUCCUUCUCUGUCGUUAUACUCUAUCUGCCUUAGAAACUGUGUGGUUCAAGCCCUGAAUGCUGAUGGGCCGUAUACCACGGGUAUGACAAAAAAAUACUGGUUUACUGUUCUAAUUACGUUGGUAACCAGUUUAUGAUAAGGCACCUUGGGGGUCUGUGGUAUAUGUCCAAUAUACCACGGCUAAGGACUGUGUCCAGGCACUCUGCGUUGCGUUGAAGAACAGCCCUUAGCCGUGGUAUAUUGGUUAUAUAUCAAAUCUCCUCGGACCUUAUUGCUCAAUUAUCCAUUGCCUUUAUAUAUUGAAGAGGAAUGACCCAUUAAAGCUAUAAUGCCUGAAACCACAGAGCGCUGUGUGUGAGAGAGAGACUGACGGUCUUUGUGUGUUCGUCUACUACAGAAAGAGGUGGAGACUGAGCUGGAGAAGCUGGUUGGGCAGCAGGGGAACAUUGACACCAAGAUGCUCGCUCUUCAAAGGAUGGGGUAAGUGUGUGUACUUUAGAGAGGCAGAGAGAAGUUUCACUGUCUGAGUACAUACCCUACAUCCCAAUAAUCUAGAGAGGUUUCCUUUCCUUAUCUCCUUUCCUUCAUUUGCACUGGCGUGGAAGAGAUGGACUCUGGGGAAAGCGAUAUCUGGUAGACAUUCACCACUGUGCUUUCAACAAUUUCAAAUCAAUAUAGAUGAAGGAAAGGAGAUUAGUUGUGGAAGCUACUGUAGACUAUUGAGAUAAAUACCAUGUCUAAUCCAAUAUAAAUUCUCCUGUCACGUUGUCCCCCAGGCCCAACCUGCAGCUGAUAGGAGGAGAUGCCAGUCAGCUGUCUGGCAUGAUUACCUUCACCUGCAGCCUGGCAGAGAAUGUCAGCAGCAAAGUCCGCCAGCUAGACCUGGCAAAGGUACUGUCUACAGACACGCUCUUUACACACACAGACUCACUCAAAGAAAGCACGUUUCCAUCCACAGUUUUUAUGGGAGUAAAGUCAUACCGUGUAAAAAAUGUUAUGACAGCUGUGAUGGAAACAGGAAGUUUCAGUACAAUUUCGACAUGGUGGAUCUUUUUGUGUCGGUAAAAAUAAUUAUACAUUUACAUUUUACAUUUACGUCAUUUAGCAGACGCUCUUAUCCAGAGCGACUUACAGUUAGUAAGUGCAUACAUUUUUCAUACUGGCCCCCCGUGGGAAACGAACCCACAACCCUGGCGUUGCAAGCGCCAUGCUCUACCAACUGAGCUACAGGGGACCUGUAGAAAUGGCGAUGAAAAUGUGCAAAAAUAUUGAUAUUAGCUGCUGCUGUGGCCUGUGUGCCCACUGGCCACUACCACAUAUCUACAACACAAAAUCCAUGUGUACGUGUGUGUAUAGUGCGUAUGUUAUAGUGUGUGUGUAUGCAUGUGUCUGUGCCUGUGUUUGUCUCUUCACAGUCCCCGCUGUUACGUAAGGUGUGUUUUUAUUUGUUUUUUAAAUAAAAUUGUACUGCUUGCAUGAGUUACUUGAUAGAGUUCAAUGUAGUCAUGGCGCUAUGUAGUACUGUGCACUUCCCAUAGUCUGUUCUGGACUUGGGGACUGUGAAGAGACCUCUGGUGGCAUGUCUUGUGGGGUAUGCAAGGGUGCCCGAGCUGUGUGCCAGUAGUUCAAACAGACAGCUCAGUGCAUCCAACGUGUCAAUACCUCUCACAAAUACAAGUAGUGAUGAAGUCAAUCUCUCCUCCACUCUGAGCCAGGAGAGAUUGACAUGCAUAUUAUUAAUGUUAGCUCUCUGUGUACAUCCAAGGGCCAGCCGUGCUACCCUGUUCUGAGCCAAUUGCAAUUAUCCUAAGUCCCUCUUUGUGCACCUGACCACACGACUGAACAGUAGUCCAUGUGCGACAAAACUAGGGCCUGUAGGACCUGCCUUGUUGAUAGUGCUGUUAAGAAGGCAGAGAAACACUUUCUUAUGGAUCGACUUCUCCCCUUCUUAGCUACUGUUGUAUCAAUAUGUUUUGACCAUGACAGUUUACAAUCCAGGGUUACUCCAAGCAGUUUUGUCUCCUCAACUUGCUCAAUUUCCACAUUAUUUAGUUGAGGUUUAGGGUUUGGCAAAUUAUUUGUCCCAAAUACAAUGCUUUUAGUUUUUGAAAUAUUUAGCUGCCCUGGGGAAUUCCUGAUUCUACCUGGAUUAUGUUGGAGAGGCUUCCAUUAAAGAACACCCUCUGUGUUCUGUUAGACAGGUAACUCUUUAUCCACAAUAUAGCAGGGGGUGUAAAGCCAUAACACAUACGUUUUUUCCAGCAGCAGACUAUGAUUGAUAAUGUCAAAAGCCUCAAUCUUUUUAUCAUCAAUUUCUCUCAGCCAAUCAUCAGUCAUUUGUGUAAGUACUGUGCUUGUAGAAUGUUCUUUCCUAUAAGCGUGCUGAAAGUCUGUUGCCAAUUUGUUUACUGUAAAAUAGCAUUGUAUCUGGUCAAACACACAUUUUUCCAAAAGUUUACUAAGGGUUGGUAAAAGGCUGAUUGGUAGGCUAUUUGUGCCAAUAAAGGGGGCUUUACUAUUCUUAGGUAGCGGAAUGACUUUUGCUUCCCUCCAGGCCUGAGGGCACAUACUUUCUAGUAGGCUUAAACUGAAGAUCUGGCAAAUAGGAGUGGCAAUAUCGUCCACUAUUAUCCUCAGUAAUUUUCCAUCGAAGUUGUCAGAUGCCGGUGGCUUGUCAAUGUUUAUAGACAACAAUACUUUUUUCACCUCUUCCACACACACUUUACGGAAUUCAAAAUUACAAUGCUUGUCUUUAUUAAUUUGGUCAGAUAUACUUGGAUGUGUAGUGUCAGUGUUUGUUGCUGGCAUGUCAUGCCUUAGUUUGCUAAUCUUGCCAAUUAAAAAAUCAUUAAAGUAGUUGGCAAUAUCAGUGGGUUUUGAGAUGAAUGAGCCAUCUGAUUCAAUGAAUGAUGGAGCUGAGUUUGCCUUUUUGCCCCACAUUUCAUUUAAGGUGCUCCAAAGCAUUUUACUAUCAUUCUUUGUAAUUUAUCUUUGUUUCAUAGUGUAGUUUCUUCUUCUUUUUUAUUCAGUUUAGUCACAUGAUUUCUCAAUUUGCAGUAUGUUUGCCAAUCGGUUGUGCAGCCAGACUUAUUUGCCAUUCCUUUUGCCCCAUCCCUCUCAACCAUACCAUUUUUCAAUUCCUCAUCAAUCCACAGAGAUGUAAUAGUUUUUACAGUCAUUUUCUAAAUGGUGCAUGCUUAUUAGUAACCGGGAUAAGCAAUUUCAUAAAUGUGUCAAGUGCCGCAUCUGGUUGCCUCAUUACACACCACGGACCAACAAAUAUUAUUUACAUCAACAACAUAGGAAUCACUACAAAACGUGUUGUAUGACCUCUUACACACUAUAUUAGGCCCACUCUUUGGAACUUUGGUUUUCCCAGAUAUGGCUACUAUAUUUUGAUCACAACAUCUGAUGGAUUUGGAUACGGCUUUAAAGCACAUUUCUGCAGCAUUAGUAAAGAUGUGAUCAAUACAUGUUGACAAUUACAUUCCUGUGCUGUUUGUAACUACCCUGGUAGGUUGACUGAUAACCUGAACCAGGUUGCAGGCACUAGUUACAGUUUGAAGUUUACAGACAGACUAUUUGACUUAUAAUUCACUGUAUCACAAUUCCAGUGGGUCAGAAGUUUACAUACACGAAGUUGACUGUGCCUUUAAACAGCUUGGACAAUUCCAGAAAAUGAGGUUAUUGCUUUAGAAGCUUCUGAUAGGCUAAUUGACAUCAUUUGAGUCAAUUGGAGGUGUACCUGUGGAUGUAUUUCAAGGCCUACCUUCAAACUCAGUGCCUCUUUGCUUGACAUCAUGGGAAAAUCAAAAGAAAUCAGCCAAGACCUCAGAAAACAAAUUGUAGACCUCCACAAGUCUGGUUCAUCCUUGGGAGCAAUUUCCAAAUGCCUGAAGGUACCACAUUCAUCUGUACAAACAAUAGUACGCAAGUAUAAACACCAUGGGACCACGCAGCCGUCAUACCGCUCAGGAAGGAGACACAUUCUGUCUCCUAGUGAUGAACGUACUUUGGUGCGAAAAGUGCAAAUCAAUCCCAGAACAACAGCAAAGGACCUUGUGAAGAUGCUGGAGGAAACAGGUACAAAAGUAUCUAUAUCCACAGUAAACAAGUCCUAUAUCGACAAUACCUGAAAGGCCACUCAGCAAGGAAGAAGCCACUGCUCCAAAACCGCCAUAAAAAAGCCAGACUACGGUUUGCAACUGCACAUGGGGACAAAUAUCAUACUUUUUGAAGAAAUGUUCUCUGGUCUGAUAGAACUGUUUGGCCAUAAUGACCAUAGUUAUGUUUGGAGGAAAAAGGGGUAUGCUUGCAAGCCGAAGAACACCGUCCCAACCGUGAAGCACGGGGGUGGCAGCAUCAUGCUGUGGGGGGGCUUUGCUGCAGGAGGGACUGGUGCACUUCACAAAAUAGAUGGCAUCAUGAGGAAGGAAAAUUAUGUGGCUAUAUUGAAGCAACAUCUCAAGACAUCAGUCAGGAAGUUAAAGCUUGGUCGUAAAUGGGUCUUCCAAAUGGACAAUGACCCCAAGCAUACUUCCAAAGUUAUGGCAAAAUGGCUUAAGAACAACAAAGUCAAGGUAUUGGAGUGGCCAUCACAAAGCCCUGACCUCAAUCCUAUAGAAAAUGUGUGGGCAGAACUGAAAAAGUGUGUGCGAGCAAGGAGGCCUACAAACCUGACUCAGUUACACCAUCUCUGUCAGGAGGAAUGGCUCAAAAUUCACCCAACUUAUUGUGGGAAGCUUGUGGAAGGCUACCCGAAACGUUUGACCCAAGUUAAACAAUUUAAAGGCAAUGCUACCAAAUACUAAUUGAGUGUAUGUAACCUUCUGACCCACUUGGAAUGUGAUGAAAUAAAUAAAAGCUGAAAUAAAUCAUUCUCUCUACUAUUAUUCUGACAUUUCACAUUCUUAAAAUAAAGUGGUGAUCCUAACUGACCUAGGAUUAAAUGUCAGGAAUUGUGGAAAAACUGAGUUUAAAUGUAUUUGGCUAAGGUGUAUGUAAACCUCUGACUUCAACUGUAUAUAUCUUCUUUAUGCAGAUUUUUGAAUAUUCGCAAUUGGAUGGAAACCUAGCUAAUCACACACUUACUGUAUGUAUGUAAACAAAUCAGCAUUAUAGGCCGUUAAGAGAGGGAUUAGGAUAUAAAAUGGUGUUCCUAUCAGCUCCAAUGAGUGAUGUAAUGACGCGCUGUUUGUACGUGUGUUUACAGACCCGGCUUUAUAAGGUUAUCCAGCGGGCUGAUGACAUCCUGGACCUGAAGUUCUGCACAGAUGGCGUUCAGACGGCGCUACACAAUGAGGACUAUGAACAGGCUGCCGCCCACAUCCACCGCUAUCUCUCUCUCGACCAAUCAGUCAUUGAACUAAGCCGCCAGGGAGAAGAAAGUAAGGGUGCCCCUAUGUUCCACCACACCUCACAACUAGGGUUGUAAAAUUCCAGGAACUUUCAAUAAUAAGCAGAAAAUCCGGAAUCCUCCAACCAGGAUUUCUGGAAAACCAGGGAAUUUAUUGAAAGUUCCCGUAAUUUUGCAACCUUACUCACAACACACUUCCUGAUAGCGCAGAGGUGGGUAAUCAUUUUGUCUCGAGGGCCGCAUUGAGAUUUCUUUUUGGGAUCGAUUUUGUUUUGUCAAGAUAAAUAAUUAGUAGUUAUUUAAAAAUAGAACGGUCCAUUAUCAUUUCUACAUACAGUCGGGGUCAAAAGUAUUGAUCUCCACUAAGUUUUCUGCCUCAGUGUUGAUGAUGGCAAUUUGCAUAUACUCCAGAAUGUCAUGAAGAGUGAUCAGAUUAAUUGCAAUUAAUUGCAAUGAAAAUUAACUUAAUCCCAAAAAACAUUUCAGCCCUGCCACAAAAGGACCAGCUGCCAUCGUGUCAGUGAUUGUCUCGUUAACACAGGUGAGAGUGUUGACGAGGACAAGGCUGGAGAUCACUCUGUCAUGCUGAUUGAGUCAGAAUAACAGACUGGAAGCUUUAAAAGGAGGGUGGUGCUUGAAAUCAUUGUUCUUCCUCUGUCAACCAUGGUUACCUGCAAGGAAACACGUGCCGUCAUCAUUGCUUUGCACAAAAAGUGCUUCUCAGGCAAGGAUAUUGCUGCUAGUAAAAUUGCACCUAAAUCAACCAUUUAUCGGAUCAUCAAGAACUUCAAGGAGAGAGGUUCAAUUGUUGUGAAGAAGGCAUCAGGGCACCCAAGAAAGUCCAGCAAGCGCCAGGACCAUCUCCUAAAGUUGAUUCAGCUGCGGGAUCGGAGCACCACCAGUGCAGAGCUUGCUCAGGAAUGGCAGCAGGCACGUGUGAGUGCAUCUGCACGCACAGUGAGGCGAAGACUUUUGGAGGAUGGCCUGGUUUCAAGAAGGGCAGCAAAGAAGCCACUUCUCUCCAGGAAAAACAUCAGGGACAGACUGAUACUCUGCAAAAGGUACAGGGAUUGGACUGCUGAGGACUGGGGUAGAGUCAUUUUCUCUGAUGAAACCCCCUUUCCGAUUGUUUGGGGCAUCCGGAAAACACCUUGUCCGGAGAAGACAAGGUGAGCGCUACCAUCAGUCCUGUGUCAUGCCAACAGUAAAGCAUCCUGAGACAUUCAUGUGUGGGGUUGCUUCUCAGCCAAGGGAGUGGGCUCACUCACAAUUUUGCCUAAGAAUACAUCAUUGAAUAAAGAAUGGUACCAACACAUCCUCUGAGAGCAACUUCUCCCAACCAUCCAAGAACAGUUUGGUGACGACCAAUGCCUUUUCCAGCAUGAUGGAGCACCUUGCCAUAAGGCAAAAGUGUUAACUAAGUCGCUCGGGGAACAAAACAUCAACAUUUUGGGUCCAUGGCCAGGAAACUCCCCAGACCUUAAUCCCAUUGAGAACUUGUGGUCGAUCCUCAAGAGGCGGGUGGACAAACAAACAACCUACAAUUUCUGACAAACUCCAAGCAUUGAUUAUGCAAGAAUGGGCUGCCAUCAGUCAGGAUGUGGCCCAGAAGUUAAUUGACAGCAUGCCAGGGCGGAUUGCAGAGGUCUUGAAAAAGAAGGGUCAAUACUGCAAAUAUUGACACUCUGCAUAAACUGAAUGUCAUUGUCAAUGAAAGCCUUUGACACUUAUGGAAUACUUGUAAUUAUACUUCAGUGUACCAUAGUAACUACUGACAUAAAGAUCUAAGAACACUGAAGCAGCAAACUUUGUGGAGACCAAUACUUGUGUCAUUCUCAAAACUUUUGACCACGACUGUACUUUUAUCUGGUUUUAGACGUUCAAUGUAGCCUGGAGUAGUUUUUUAAUCAAAAAUAAUAUUUUGUAGGGAUGCACCGAUGUGGGAUUUGUUCAUUUGAUGGCCUUUCUAACCAUUCUAGCACAGAUACAAACUGCAACUAAGUUUUGAUGUUCAUAAGGGUAAUAAGAAAAUAUGUCAAAUGACUUGAAUAUGGGAAAGGUGUAAAACCUUUGAACAAAGUUACUGAAAUGCAUCAGAAAGGUAUUGGAAAGUUCAGGAAAUCAGGGAAGCUCAUCAGGUAAUGUGCAGAAAGUAAGACCUGCAUUACUUUCAAUUGCGUUUUUGUCACAGUCCCUUCUAACGUGUUCUGUGCGGUUUGUGAUACUAUCUUCUGCUCAGGCAGUGCUGUGGACGCUAGCCUGGCCAUGCUUCAAGAGGCAGAGCAGCGAUUGAAAGUCCUGGUUGCUGAGAGACUGGAUGAGGCUGUUACCAGGGGUGAUCUGGCGCAGGUGGAAAGAUUCUUUAAAAUCUUCCCUCUGCUUGGCCUCCACGAGCAAGGUCUGGCUCGCUUUGGCCAGUACCUCUGCAGCCAGGUGAGUGGGGUUGUCCAUGCAGUAGUGUAUGUGUGAGCAUUUAUGCUUGUGCAUUUGUUUAUCUUCACAGUUGUUUAUUUCUCUCCCUCAGCUGGCCUCUAAAGCAGAUGAGAACCUGCUCUUGGCUGUGGGAGGAGAGCUGGGAGAGAGGAGAGCUGCUCUGGUCUUUGCUGACACCCUGACUCUGCUGCUGGAGGGUGAGAGACUGACCAUGAUGAUUGUGUGUCAUUUUAGACGUGUCUGUAAACGUGUUGGUUUGUAUAGAAUUGGUUGUGAAAUAUUUUGUGUGUUUCAGGCAUAGCUCGUGUUGUGGAGACCCACCAGCCCAUCGUAGAGACGUACUACGGUCCAGGCUACCUGUAUACUCUCAUCACUCACCUGCAGCAGGAGUGUGACCGACAGGCCCAGAAAGUAGUUGACAAGUUCAUCCAACAGAGAGACUACCACAACAAGGUCUGUGUGUAAAUUGCAUUCAAUUAAUGAGAUCUUUCUAUUACAGACUAUAUUAAGAAUGUGUUAUUAAAUGGAAUGUCUCUGCUUGCAGUUUCAGAUCGUCCAGAGCAGCAUGAUGAAGAGUGUGCCCACUGAGAGGAUUGAACCCAGGUCAGUGGGAGAGUUCAGCCUACUUAGCAGCAUUACUCAAUGUUCUUUUUUGGUGUAGAGGACAAUGCAUGUGUACUAUGCGUAUUUAUGUUGCAUUUCACCUGUGUUUAACCUGUGUGUGUAGGGAGCUGGAUCCUGUGUUACUGGAAGUCACUCUGAUGAAUGCCAGGUCGGAGCUUUACUUACGGUUCCUGCGCCGUCGCAUGAUGGCCGACUUCGAGGUUGGGGAUGCUACGGCAACACCUGGCAUCGUCCAAGGUAAGACACCCAACACACACACUUAUAAAACCCUGUACACACGUUGUUGACUGUGUUAGUAAGUUUGGUUGUCUUUGUUUCUUGCUACAGAGCACAAGCAUAAUGUGGAGAAACUGCUGAAACACUGCAUGCUGGGCCAGCUCAUGCAGGAGCUGAUUGGCUACUACAUUCCAAUGGAGGAGUACUACAUGAGGGAGACCGUCAGCAAGGUUAGCCAGCACAUCUAACUAUACAGCAGGGGUUUCAUUUAGCCAUGAAUCAGCCCCUCAUUAGAAGGAAAUAAUGAAAACCAGCAAUGCUGUCGACCUCAACCCCGGAUUUGAAUACCCUUGAUACACAGUAUACAUAUGUAACCACAUAAUAGUAAUAAUGAUUAUAUUCAUUCCCUUUGCCCCUCUCUUCUCAGGCUGUGGCUAUGGAUACAUAUGAGAAGGGUCAGCUGACGUCCAGCAUGGUGGAUGACUGUUUCUACAUUGUGAAGAAGUGCAUCAGCAGAGCCCUGUCCAGCUCCAGCAUUGACUGCCUGUGUGCAAUGAUCAACCACUCAACCUCAGUGCUAGAGUCUGACUUUAGGUAGACUGUAGACACACACACUGCAUCAACUAUUUGAACACUCAUUUGAAACUCCUUCUAGCUCUCACACCUUCCUUUUUCUCUCCGUCUUCCACCAAUCCAUGCUUCUCUCCCCCCCCCCUCCCUUUCUCUCCGUCUCUCUCAGGGAGGUGUUGUAUAAUAAGCUGAGGCAGGGCUUCCCUGCGACCACGCUGCAGGACAUCCAGCGUGGGGUGAGCAGUGCAGUGAGUCUGAUGCAGAGCAGCCUGCAGCAGGGCAAGUUCAACAACCUGGGCAUUGACAGCGCAGAGGUCGCCAAGGCUGCCUUCCUGGUGAGGGACUUGUGUACACACACACACACACAAACACUUACCAACACACACAAACACUUACCGACACACUGAGCAUUGAAUGCACAGAACAUGCCAAGGCAUCGUCCCUGGUAAGAAACACGCACACUCUAAAACACAAGCUGGUCACAGAGAGCACACUAAGGCAGCAUUCCUGAUGAUCAACACGGAACAGGCAACAGACAGACACAUUCACUCACACCCAUCUUUCUUUCUAUCCCAGGUGACUCUGAAUAACGUGGAGGUGUGUAGUGAGAACAUCACCACUCUGAAGAGGAACCUGGAGGUGAGUUAGGUGACUGUUUAUAGCAUCUCUUUAGUUUUCUGAUGAAUAACAUUUCAAUAAGACACACUAUGUAUAGUAUACCACAGAUAAUGAAGUUUUCCCCUCUCUCUCUUUCUCAGAGUGAUUGCUCCAAGUUGUUCACUCAGGGGGCGGGAUCAGGAGAGCAAGCUAAGAUUGACAGCUGUCUGUCAGACCUCGUCAACACGUCCAGCAAGUUCAAGGAUCUCUUGCAGGUUGGAGGAUACACAAAUAAACUCAGAUCAGAGAGACACAUGAUCUGUAUCUGUGCAGUUGUGUUAAGGGGGUCUUUGACCUCAUUGUACAAUAAAUAAUAGUAACAGUAGUAGUACUAGCAGCAGCAUUUAUUUGUAAGUCACAGUGAUAAACUGAAUUGUGUACCAAUUUACAUGCAUAGACAAUAUACAACUACAAAACCUCACCAGUGUGUCUAAUCUGUAUGGAGUAGAACUAACUCAGUUGUGACCCUCAGGAGGGCCUGACGGAGCUGAACACCACAGCCAUCAAGCCUCAGGUCAAACCCUGGAUCAGCAGCUUCCUGUCCAUAUCACACAACAUAGAGGAGGUACAACACACACACACACACACACACACACAUUUACAUUUACAUUUUAGUCAUUUAGCAGACGCUCUUAUCCAGAGCGACUUACAGUUAGUGAGUGCAUACAUUUUAUUUUAUUUUUUUCGACACACACACACUAGGCCACACCCUUUCACCGCAGUGUGUGACUGUGCUGUUUUGUUGUGCAGGAGGAGUUUAAUGAGUACGAGGCCAACGACCCCUGGGUCCAGCAGCUCAUCGUCAACCUCCAGCAGCUCAUGGCAGAGUUCAAGGUAACCAUACUUCUGCUUAGCCUCAGGAAUACAUCUCUUACAUUAGCAUUUUACAAACUCUUUCUUUUCCUCUUCUCCCCCUCUCUAUAAUCUCUCUCUCUUGUUCUAUCAGGCGGGGCUCUCUUCAGUUAUCUACGACACACUGACCAGCCUCAUGACCAGUUUGGUCUCCAUGGAGAUGGAGAAGACGGUCCUGAAGUGCACCUUCAGCAGGGUGAGAUAUCCCAGGCCUGACCACAGGGUGGCAUCACACCUACCGCAUGCACAUCUGUGAUGUAAUGAAAGAGGCCCUCUUUUAAUGUUUUAUUUAUGAUUCCAGAAGGAUGGUAGAUUAAGCUUUUUUCCCCUUGGCAUCUGCCUCUUUAAGCGGUGUGUGUGUGCUGUAAUUUAGUGCAACUACUAAAUCAUGUUAUUGCAGGCCAUGUAUCAGCACUUUCUUUUUCUGGGAUGUUCUCCGUUUGAUCCUUUUUGAUGUGGUCUAUGUUUAAAUAUUUAAUUGCUUGUCUGGAUUCCUUUUUUCUGUUUCAUGCUCUUGAUUUGAACCCCGUAUUGCACCUGUCUCUUAGCUGGGAGGGCUUCAGUUUGAUAAGGAGCUGCGUUCUCUGGUGGCCUACCUCACUACUGUCACCACCUGGACUAUUAGGGACAAGUUUGCUCGGCUCACUCAGAUGGCCACCAUCCUCAACCUGGAGCGGGUAAUCUGCAGUACACACACACACACACACACACACACAUUUCUCAACCCACAAGCAAUCCUCAACCCACACACAAUCACAUAGAUGGGGUCACAUACUGUGCAUUCGGAAAGUAUUCAAACCCAUUGACUUUUUCCACAUUUUGUUACGUUACAGCCUUAUUCUAAAAUGUUUUUUUAAGAAUCCUCAUUAAUCUACACACAAUACCCCAUAAUGACAAAGCGAAAACAGGUUUUUAGAAAUGUUUGCAAAUGUAUUAAAAAUAAAAAACAGAAUUACCUUAUUUACACAAGUAUUCAGACCCUUUGCUAUGAGACUAGAACUUGAGCUCAGGUGCAUCCUGUUUCCAUUGAUCAUCCUUGAGAUGUUUCUACUCUACAACUUGAUUGGAGUCCACCUGUGGUAAAUUCAAUUGAUUGGACAUGAUUUGGAAAGGCACACAUCUGUCUAUAUAAGGUCCCACAGUUGACGUCAGAGUAAAAACCAAGCCAUGAGGUCAAAGGAAUCGUCCGUAGAGCUCUGAGACAGGAUUGUGUCAUGGCACAGAUCUGGGGAAGGGUACCAAAAAAUGUCUGCAGCAUUGAAGGUCCCCAAGAACACAGUGGCCUCCAUCAUUCUUAAAUGGAAGAAGUUUGAAACCACCAAGACUCUUCCUCAAGCUGGCCGCCUGGAAAAAACUGAGCAAUCGGGGGAGAAGGGCCUUGGUCAGGGAGGUGACCAAGAACCCGAUGGUCACUUUGACAGAGCUCCAGAGUUCCUCUGUGGAGAUGGGAGAACCUUCCAGAAGGACAACCAUCUCUGCAGCACUCCACCAAUCAGGCCUUUAUGGUAGAGUGGCGAGACGGAAGCCACUCCUCAGUAAAAGGCAGGACAGCCCACUUGGACAAGUCUCUGAAUGUCCUUGAGUGGCCCAGCCAGAGCCCGUACUUAAACUUGAUCGAACAUCUCUGGAGAGACCUGAAAAUUGCUGUGUAGCGACGCUCCCCAUCCAACCUGACAGAGCUUGAGAGGAUCUGCAGAGAAGAAUGGGAGAAACUCCCCAAAUACAGGUGUGCCAAGCUUGUAGCGUCAUACCCAAGAAGACUCGAGGCUGUAACCGCUGCCAAAGUUGCUUCAACAAAGUACUGAGUAAAGGGUGUGAAUACUUAUGUAAAUGUAAUAUUUCCGUUUUUAAUUUGUAAUACAUUUGCAAAAAAAAACAAAAAACCUGUUUUUGCUUUGUCAUUAUGGGGUAUCGUGUGUAGAUUGAUUAGGAAAAAAUGUGUUUUAAAUCAAUUUUAAAAUAAGGCUGUAACAUAACAAAAGUCAAGGGGUCUGAAUACUUUCUGAAUGCACUAUCUAUUUACCACUGACCUCUCACUUUGUAGACUUUCAUGUCUCUGUAUACACAGGCCUGUUCUCAGAACUGUGUGUAUGUUUUUGUGUGUCUAGGUAACAGAGAUCCUGGAUUACUGGGGCCCGAACUCUGGUCCUCUAACGUGGCGUCUGACCCCAGCGGAGGUCCGGCAGGUUCUGGCGCUCCGCAUCGAUUUCCGCAGUGAGGACAUCAAGAGGCUCCGCCUCUAACCCUGCUACCCAGAGACUGUGCUGGUGCACAUGUUACAUGGGACUAGACUCAUGCUGAUUGGUCUUUGAGGAAAAAGAGGAGUGUGCAGGUGGAUCCCCUGAGAGGAAGUCCCUGCUGCUUCUGACGUCUGCUGGCCUCAUAACAGGAAGAGGUUGCCCCUAACUACAGAUACAGGGAUAUAUAUUUGUUCAACCCCCAAAUGGUUAGUUAGGUUUGAGGGUAGGGCGUUCUGAUCCUAGAUCUGUAGUUAAU